CCUUCUCCGAGCCGGGCCCGACGGAGAGCGGCCCCAGCGAAGGACAGAUCUUCCUCAGCGAGAGCUGCGUGAAGAGGCUGCUGGAGAUUGCAGAAGGAUCAGAGUUUCUCAGGCUGCAGGUUGAAGGAGGUGGCUGCUCUGGCUUCCAGUACAAGUUUUCCUUGGACACAGUUAUCAAUCCCGAUGACAGGGUGUUUGAACAAGGUGGUGCCCGUGUGGUUGUGGAUGUGGACAGCCUGGCCUUUGUGAAAGGAUCCAUGGUGGAUUUCAGCCAAGAGCUGAUCCGAAGCUCCUUCCAGGUGGUGAGCAACCCCCAGGCAGAGAAGGGUUGCUCAUGUGGAACUUCCUUCUCUAUCAAAAUCUGACUGGACUUACCAUGGAUGGACACUGUUUGCAGACACUUUUGGCAGAGGGUUUAUGUUUGUUCUUUUCUCUGCUGCUCCCUCUCAUCUCCCUUACCCUGUGACACAGCUGUUACAGAAUACUGCAGCUGUGUGUGUGUUUGCACUGAGCCUGUCUCCAAGACUUAUUGGCCUUCCCUUCAGAAACAAUGCCGUAACCAUGAGCACGCACACAGGAGCAUCUUCAGCACCUUGUGAUCCACUGGCCAGGUGGUGCUGACUGGCCAGCCCCGUCCUGAUUGUGGAACUACUUAACUGUCUCUGCAAGAGAAGGCUGUAUAUAUAUGUGUGUGUGUGUGUGUUUAUUGAAAGGUCUUACUAAAAAAUGUCUGUGAGGUUGA